CAAGAGCAGUAUUACACUACAUAUCUGAAGGGAAAGUUUUAGAUAUGCAAAUGAUUAAUGUACCUCAUAGAUAUACAGGAAAAGGUUUAGCACGAUUGCUUACAGAGACAGCAUUUACAUAUGUUAUUCUGAAUAAUUACUAUAUGUACUUGACAUGUGAGUACAUGCAGAAGUAUUAUCUUGCAAUUAAAAAUCCAGAUCUUGAAGAAUAUGUUGUUGGACCACCACAUAUUUUAGAAGGACCUGAUUCAAAAUCCUUAGACCCUAAUAUUAUAUAUGAAUUACCUGAUCCAGAAGAUUUUUUGAUAUAUUCUUCUUAAUAAAUAAUUUUUAUAUCAUUAGUUAUUGAAAUCUUGAGUAAUUAUUGAGUUAAAUUAUUUAUGAUUUAAAAUUUAUUAUUGCUUCAUAUUGUUAAUAAAAUGGAGGAGAUAGAAUAUAUUACUAUAAUUGAAUGGUUCUGUUAUCAAUUUUAUUACAAUGGCAUGUUAGUUUAUUGCAAAGAAGCAUGUGAAAUAUAUCCAACAAAUGAAUGCUUAAGAAUAUUUCUAAGUCUCGCAUAUAUAUUAACUGGGAAGAUUCAAGAAGCAAUUAAAGAAAGUUCGAAUUUAAUGAAUAAUGCAGACAAUACAUUGGCAGCAUUAUUUCUUCAAAAUAUUGCUUAUAUGAAAAAUGAAAAUGUUGAAAAAACUACUAUAAUACAGAUUGAAACAAGAAUUAGGGAUGAGAAACGAAAAUCGUCUUCAAAUGCCCUCUUAUUAGCAGCUUUAGUAUUGCUUUUAUCUCAGAAGAUUGAUAAAGCUAAAGAAUACAUAGAAAGAGCUUACAAGCUCGAUUCAUCUAAUAAAAAUGUUCUAUUAACGAAAGGUUGGGUGGAUUUAUUUAUUAUAAGCGAAAAUAACUCGAGCGAAUCAAGUUUAUUCGAAAUUGUUCUAGAACAAGAUCCAAAGAACGUGAAUGCUUUGCUUGGAUUUGCAAAAUAUAAACAACAACGCGGAGAUUACGCAGGAGCAAUAUUAACAUUGAAUUCAUUAAUUGUACGUUAUCCUAAAUUAUGUUUACCCUUGGUUGAAAAAUUGUACAAUCAACUUGGAAUGAAGGAUUGGGAUCAAGUUCUAGAGACUGCUAACAGAAUAUUAUCAAUUGAUUCAAAUAAUUUAGAUGCAAUAAAAGCACAUGCAUUUGUAAAUAUUUGCAGAGACGGAAAUUUCAACGAAGGAUUAAAACAUUUACAAUCCUUUUUUAGAAAUAUGAUAAUUAUAGAAACAAAGAAUAUUACAAUUUUAGUGAAUAAUAUUCAGUUAUUUUCACGAAUAGCUUGUAAGAAUCAAGGAAUUUUAACAGAACUUUCUAAGAUCGUUGAAAAAAUGUUACAACAGCAUUUGAAAAAUGCAGAUCUUAUGAUAGAAUUAGGAAAUUUGUAUAUUUCAUUAGAUAAAAUAAAAGAUGCAGAACAUUGGUAUAGAAGUGCUAUUCGAAUAAACGAAUCUUCGUUUGCUGCUUUGAUGGGAUUAGCUCAUUGUCAAUUUUUAGAUACUUCGAUCGACGCUUCGGAUUUGGCACAACAACAAAUAGAUUUUUUGAUGGAAAUACAAUCUAAUUCGGUAAACGCAGAAUUGCUUUUUAUAUCUGCAAAAUUAAAUUCCAAUGAUUCCAUCAAAGCUUUGAAUUAUUUAAAUAAUGCAGCUACAAUCAUACUGGACAAUUGUAAAUAUGUACCAUAUGGUUACGAUUAUAUAAAAAAAUUAAAUCCUGAUUUAUGUUUAGAAAUUUCUAAACAACGUUUAAUUUAUUCUAUAACAAAUAAUGUAACAAAUUUUGAGGAAAGUGUAUCCAAUUACAAAGAAGCAAGUUUAUAUUUGUUAGAAGAAUUAUCAGAAGCAUAUCCUGGUUUAAGUAUGGCACAAUUAUUAAUUAGUAAAGCUAAAAUGCAGAGUGGAAAUUUAGAAGAAGCUUCAUAUAUAUUAAAGAAUUUUUUAGACAAUGUUGACUCAUCUAAUGCAAAAGCUUAUUUAUUAAUGGCUCAAAUUCAAGCAUGUCAAGGGAAUUAUCAAUUGGCUUCACAAAGUCUUGAAGUUGGUUUAAGUUAUAAUUUUAAAAUCAGAGACAAUCCAAUUUAUCAUUUAAUUACUGGCAUGGUUCAAAAACAGGCAAAUGAUAUGGAAGGUGCAAUAAAGAGCUUUCAGACAGCUAUGUCGUAUGCAGGAAUACAACCAUACAAGAGUAAUAAUUUAGAAAUCUCAGAUAUUUCAACAUCAGAUAUGGCAACAUUGUAUCUUGAGCUGAUUUCUGCUUAUGGAAAAAUGAAACGAUUUAAUGAUGCAAUUAUUAUAAUACAAGAUGCAAAAGUAAAUCUUGGAAAUACGUCAGAAGAAGGUAAAAUAUUAAUAGGAAAUGCUGAAUUACUUUUAGAAAUGGGAGAGUUGGAUAAUGCCAUUGAUUGUUUAUCUAAAAUAACUCCAGAUCAACCUUAUUAUUUACAAGCACAUACGCGUUUAGCCGAAAUAAAUUUAAAAUACAAAAAAGAUCGUCCUGCCUUUGCUAUGUGUUUCAGAGAAUUGGUUGAACAUUGUCCUGGUCCUAAGACAUAUAGUAUGCUUGGUGAUGCAUAUAUUUCUAUUCAAGAACCAGAGAGAGCAGUAGAAGCAUAUGAACAAGCUUUAAAACAGAAUCCUAGGAAUAAAAUAGAUAUUGCAAGUAAGCUAGGAAAGGCACUCGUAAAAACGCAUCAGUACACAAAAGCCAUCAAUUAUUACAGAGAUGUGAUGAAACAAGAAAACUUUAAAAGCUUAAAAUUAGAUCUUGCAAAAUUGUUCAUAAAGAUGAAACAAUACGAUAAAGCGGAAACUACAUUGGUCCAGGAAUUGCAAGAAAGUCGUCGAGAUUCAGAUUUAAAAAGUUUACAAGUACGCACUCAACUUUUAUUUUUGCUCGCUAAAACUCGAGAAAAAGCAGAUAAUAUACAAGGCGCUUUAUCAGCAUUGAAAGAGGCUAAAGAAAAUCAGCAUAGAUACAUGCAACGUAUGGGAACAAGCUCUAAUUUGGAAGAUGAGAAACAGCUUUUGGCUAAUAUUUGUUUAACAAUGGCUGAUCAUUCUUCUUCUUUAAGAGAUUAUGAUCAAGCUAUUAUAUAUUAUAAGGAAGCAUUAAAUCAUAAACCUGCAAACAUAAAUGCUUUAUUAUCUUUAGCAAAGCUUUACAUGCAGACUAAUAAUUUGGAUCGAUGUGCUCAAAGUUGCACAAUUCUUUUGAAUACUGAUCCUAAUAAUGAAGCUGCUUCGAUAAUGAUGGCAGAUCUUGCAUUUAGAAAAGUUGAUUUUGACACGGCAGCGUUUCAUUUUCGACAACUAUUAUUAAAACAACCAACUUAUUGGACCGCGUUAGCAAGAUUGAUAGAAGUUUCUCGUAGAAUAGGAGAUAUGGACGAUCUUGAAGAAUGGCUUCAUCGAGCAGAACUAGAAAUGAGCAAUGCAAAUUUAACAGCCGGUUAUUAUUAUUGUGCCGGUUUGUUGGAUUGGCGUAUGGGACGAUUAAAUUCUGCACUUCGUCAAUUUAAUUUUGCAAGACGUGAUCCUGAGUGGGGUCAACAAGCAAUAUAUAAUAUGAUCGAAAUUUGUUUAGACCCGGAUGAUGAUUCUUCUCUUUCAAAUGAAGUCUUUAACGAUGAUGAUGUUGAAUAUCAGGAUUCUAGAACAAUGGCUUUGAAAACAGCCUAUCGCUUGCUACAGGAUUUGAAUCCUAAAGGCAGUCCACAUGAAAUGCUCACACAUAGAUUGUUAAGUAAUUUUUUUCUACUUGCAACAAAACAAAAAUCCAAUGUUGAAAAAGCAUUACAAGAUUGUACAACAUUAGCUAGUCAAGAAGCAUUACGAGAUCAUGUUGGACCAGCUUUAGGCAUGGCAAUGGCUCAUAUUCUUUUAAAACAAACUCCUAGAGCUCGAAAUCAUUUGAAACGUGUCAGCAAGAAUACAUGGACUUUUGAGGAUGCUGAAUAUUUAGAACGUUGUUGGUUACUCUUAGCGGAUAUUUAUGUACAAUCUAACAAAUAUGAUUUAGCAAAUGAUCUUUUAAAACGUGUUCUACAACAUAAUGCCACUUGUGUAAGGGCUCAUGAACUAUCUGGAUACAUUGCAGAAAAGGAGCAAAAUUAUCGUGAAGCUGCGUCGCAAUACAAUCAAGCAUGGAAAUAUGGUGGAAAAUCAAAAUUGUCUGUCGCCUACAAGUUAGCUUAUUGUUCGAUGAAAGCUAAAGCUUAUGCAGAUGGGAUAGAAGCUUGUAACGAAGUUUUGAAACAAAAUCCAGAUUAUCCCCGUAUUAAAAAAGAGAUUUUAGAAAAAUGUAUAAAUAAUUUGCGCACCUAA